CGGAACCGACGUGAUAUCGGAGCUGUAUGUGCGCGUCAUCUCGGCUGGAAGCAGGCGACAGGACACGGAACGAUUUUCCAUCGCAGCGUCUUUUCUCGCUCAGUGUUCCCUCCAUCGGCGUAUUUGAAGGCGUUUUGCGCUUGUGUGUGUCGAGAUGCUGGACGGACUCAGACGCCGGCACGCCUCGCGCUCGUCCCCGCGGCCCCUCUCCCUCAACUUCAGCACCUUCUCGGCGCCUCCCCCGCCCAGCCCGGACUUGGACGGCGGCGGUGAGCAUCCCAUCAGGAGGACUCUGCACCGGCUCAAGCUGAUGAGCUCGCCCAGCCUCAGCGAACUGGCCAAGAGCGACAAGGGUUCACCGGAGGACAGAGGCGAGAAGCAGAAGAGGGCCGGCGCCAACGCCACCUGGAACAGCAUCCACAACGCCGUCAUCGCCGUCUUCCAGAAGAAAGGUUUGGCCGACAACGAGCUUUACGUUCUCAACGAAGGCGUCCGGCACCUGCUGAAGACCGAGCUGGGUUCCUUCUUCUCGGAAUACCUUCAGAACCAGUUGCUGACGAAGGGCAUGGUCAUCCUGAGGGACAAAAUAAGGUUCUACGAAGGUCAGAAGUUGCUGGACUCUCUGGCGGAGACGUGGGACUUCUUCUUCUGCGACGUGCUGCCCAUGCUGCAGGCCAUCUUCCAUCCGGUGCAGGGUAAGGAGCCGUCCGUCCGCCAGCUGGCUCUGCUCCACUUCAGGAGCACCAUCGUCCUGAGCGUCAAGCUGGAGGACGCCCUGUCGCGGCCCCGGGCCCGAGUGCCGCCCUCCGUUACGCAGAUGCUGCUCGUCCUGCAGGGCGUCCACGAGUCGCGUGGUGUCAACGAGGACUACCUGAGGCUGGAGGCUCUGGUCCAGAAGGUGGUCUCGCCCUACUUGGGCACUCACGGUCUUCACUCUGGAGACCACACCGAGGACCACUGCUGUGUUCUCGAGAAGCGUUUCCAGUGGGGCUGGUCCAAGUCCGCCGAGCAAUUGUCCAAGAACCCGGUGGUCCGAUCGAAAAGCUACAACAUCCCGCUGCUCCUGACGCCCGUGGCCGAAUACGACGCCGACUGCGGCUCGGUGGGCAGCGGGGGAAUCCGCCGCCACUCGGCCUGCGAGAUGAUCUCCUGCCUGGAGGAGCAGAAGUUGAACUACGCCGAGCUGGCGGCCGGUUCCGACCUCUCCGGCUCCGCCUCCAACAGGCUGUGCGUGGGCUCGCAUUUCAAAGGUAUGAUGCAGGCCGGAGCCGCCUCCCCGGACCUGCCGCUGUCAUCGCCGUCCAUUCUGCACUCGUCGGGGGCUCUCCACGGCACCGAGGUCGCCGCCGCCGCCGCCGCCGUCGUCGUCGUGAGCCACCUCGGCAAGGCGGCUGCGGCGGCCUGCUCGCCGCCCAGCGACUCGUCCAGCCCUGAGACCAUCAUCGGCCAGGUGCUCCAGUCCGCCGACUCCGACUCGGACGGGAUAUUCAUCGACUUCUCGCGUUCUCAUUCCCCCGAGGCUCUCGGCUACGGUCGCGAGAGCAGGCAGAGCACGGUGUAGCAACACACACACACACACACACACACACACCUAUGAUAACAUUGUUAAAAGUACAUUUCAUGGCUUUGAAUCCAUCCUCUUUUCUCCUCCAUCCAUUCAUGCUGCUUUCAUGAAAAUAAUGUCAUUAUAAGAGUUGAAUGCUUAAAACAUGAAACUACAGUGAACCCUCAUUUAUCACAGGUUUUAUGUUCCACACCCACAACUCCGGAAUAUAGAGAGGCCAAAUAAAACACUUUUAAACUCAUUCAAACAUUUAUUGGCGCGCGUGCUUCAAGCUGUUUAUUUGUCACUCCCACUUGAAGUUUACUGUAAAACGUACACAUAAAACAAAAGCGACUCAAGCAUUGGAUUUGAAAUGACCAAAACGUUCAACCAAACCAUGUCAUUUUGUCUCGUGUAAAUCGACUAGCUUAAUGCUAACAUAUAAUACAAAACUCCACAGAUGCGCUUACUGAUGUUAGCAUGCAUUCUCCUCCAAAGCUAUUAGAACGGCAAGGUCAAUUCGCUUGUUUCUGUUGUAUACUAAAAACAUUUGGGUUUCAGAUCAGAAGACGAAUAUGAGAUAAAAGGUUCAGAAUCCCAGCUUUUGUUUCAUAUUUACAUCGAGAUGUGUUAAACCAGUCAGGACAGAGCACCUUUUGUUUGAACCCACCUAUUUUCAGCUCUCUGGUAUUCAUGUUUGCUUUACAGCAAAUGCAGUUUUCACAGUUGAAAUCCAAAGCCAAAAACAAGCACAUUUCUAAUGCUUAAGCGAUCAAUCAAUCUAAUAGGCAACACCUGAGCUACUAGAAACACCCCAUCUGUCACAUGUUCCAAUACUUUUGCCCGCUUGAAAAGUGGGUAGCCUCAAACAAAAGGUGCUCUGUCCUGAGUUGUUUAAAACGUCUCGAUGUAAAUACCAUGAAAUAAAAGCUGGAAUUCUGGUCUUUUGUCUCAUAUUCAUCUUUUGAUCGAAAACCCAAAGAUCUUCCAGUAUACAACAAAAGCAAAGGAAUUUACCUUGCCGUUCCAAUAUAACAACAGCGAAUGACAGCUACUUUAACACAAGAGCAGCAGCAACACAUACAAGAGAAUCAAGCUCAGUGCUGCCCGCCGUGUUGUGGCACAACGUGGUACUACAACUCUUAAUUUCAGACGCCUGUAUACAGUAAAAACCCUUAAAUAAAACAAUCGCUUAAGAAUCUGCGAUAUAAAGGUAUCGCGAACAAUGAACCGCAAUAUGACGAGGGUUCACUGUAUUUUCAAUACGAGGACACUCAGACCUCUGUCGAUGUUAAAUGUUUAACAACAAGUGACCAAAAAUGCAAUGAUUGUUUAUUUAUGCGUGUGCGUGCAAGAACAACUUGAAAAACAUUGUCAUCAAUUUACGCAAUAAGGGGGGUAGGGGGGCUUGGGCUAAACAAGAAAGAAUGACAUUUUGGCACAGGUCAAGAUAAAGGUGCAUGUGAUCACUGGCUAAAUGGCGGUGAUAAAUAAACGGUGGCUCGACAAAGAUGGAAAAACUGGAAUGGCGCCUGCCUCUUAGAGAAAAAAAUGGUGAUGCUUAUUUUGCAAAAAAAAAAAAAAAAAUUUUUAAAGUACAUUCUUUUUUAAAAGGAACAAAGUUGAGAUACAUGCUUUUGAAAGGGGGGGGGGGAAUCACAGAAUGUGAAGAUGUAUUAUUUUUAAAAAGAUGAAAAUGAAGACGGCGUGAUUUUAAAAAGAACACUCAAAAUUUGGUGAUACUUUAUAAAUACAAAAAUAUUUCACAAAAUCUGAUAAAACGCCAUUUCAAAAGGAAAAACUGGAGAUGCGUACUUUAUAAAAAUGACAGAAAAUUGGAGAUGCAUGAUUUUUGAAGGGGGAGAAAAAAAUGUUAAUCUGGAUACGUUUAAAAAACGUAAUGCUCAAAAAAGAAUCAAAAUGGAGAUCCGUGAUACCGCUAUGAUAUCGCUCGUAGUUUUCACUAAGACACAAUCUUUGGGGGAGGUUCAACGCUGCAGACGUAUGUUUGCUGGUCUGUAUGUUGAAAUCAUGUGGCAAUUAUUAUUUGUAUCGGGCAUUAAUUGUGUUUGCAUGCAGGUGACGAGAGGGAUUUAUUCUUUGUUGGUUCGCUUGUAUCAUUUGUUGACUGAAAUAAUAAUGCGCAGCUUCAUUCCAAUGGGGAUCACAUCUUCCUUUUUCUGAAUGUAAAAAGAAAUGUUAUUCAAUUAAAAAAAAAAAAAAAGACCAAAAAAUGAUUUCCA